AUGGAGACCCAGGUACAAACUUGCACUUUUUUUAUAAAGUCAAAAUCUAGGUAUUGUAAAUUUCCUAGAUAUAAAGACUCAAAUUUCUGCAAUUUACAUAAAGGAAUAGAAGAUGAGCUUUGCGAUGGGGCUCAUGAAAAAUUAGAUAAUCAGAUUAUUCCUUGUUUUAUUGAUGGGAGACAUUUUGUAUCUAGAAAUAAAAUAAGAUCUCAUAUUAGAAAGUGUUCUAGAGUUAGGGAUAUUGCAUAUGAGCUUAGACAACCGUUUUGUAUACAUAUUAAUGGACCUCCUCAUCAGUUAUUGGAUCUUAGAGAAAGAUUACGAGCAAAGAGAAUUUUGGGAAUAGAAGACAAUAAUCAACAAAGUAUUGAAAACGAUUCUUCAGAUUCUAAGAAAAAGUUAGUUAUUUCAAAAGAAAGAUUGGAGUUUGUUGAUAAGCUCCAUGAUUUUUGUAUUAGUCAAUUUGGUAAUAACCCACAUUUUGAGUCAAGACAGGUUAAUAUAAAUGACUUAAAUUUGAAUAGGCAUGAUCUACAGGCAAUAAGUAUUUCCAGAGAAUUCAGCAGGAGAUUAAUUAACGAUGGUAAUCCUAUCUCUUAUUGUAAUUCGGAAAAUGACUUUACAGUGGACGGUGAUAAUUCUUUGGUAAUAGAGUAUGGAGCUGGAAACGCUGUUCUAUCUUAUUGGUUCAUUAAAGAAUGUCAAAAAUCCCAAAAUAAAAAAAAAUGCUCUAAAUUUAGGAGUGUAAUAAUUGACAGAGAGUCAAGGAGGAAGCAAAUGGAAAAGUUGGAUGAGUCUAUUUCUUCUAUAAGAUUAAGACUAGAUAUUGAACAAUUUGAUAUUAAUGCUUUGAUUUCAUUAUGCAAUGAUGAACAAAUUCCUAAAGAAUCCAUAAUAGAGAAGAUGUAUUUAAGUUUAGGGAAUGGAAAUAUACCAUGGAUUAUUAAUACCUUGCUUGAGCAAAAAAUAUGGGUAUAUGAUUCAUCAGGAAAGCAAAUACAGACAAUAGAUGAGGUUAAAAAGCUGAGUAAAGAGGAACUCAAAUAUAUUUUAGCGACUUUAUCAAAUGGAGGCGGACCUGAUAUCUCAAAAAUUGAAGAAACAAUAAUCAACAAUUUUGCAAAAAAACCGGUUCACAAAAUUUUUGUGAUUUCCAAACAUUUGUGUGGAAAUGGGUUUGACUUGGGCCUUAAAUCAACCCAAGGUGCAGUAAAGGAGAUGAAAAGUGGCUCUAUGCUUAUUAUAAUAAUGUCUCCUUGUUGCCAUCAUAGAUGUUUAAUUUCACAACACCUUGGGAUUGAAAUGCUCGAACAACCUGAUUUGCAAAAUAAUCCAUUUGAGAAUUCAGAAGAUUGCUUUAAGUUUCUUACAUCUAUUUCUUCCUGGUCUACCGGAACUAAUGAUUAUAGAAGUGAUUAUGGAUUCAAAGCUAAAUAUAUACUAGAUUCAUGCAGGCUAUUCUGGCUUAAAAGCAUAGGAUUCACUAAUUUAGUUUACCACACAUUUACUAGCAAAUCCGUUUCUCCAGAAAACAUUCUGAUUACUGGCAUUUAUUAUAAAAAGUAG